GUCAAGUAGAAUUAGAUAUCCCGUCGGCAAAAAUACUCACUAGUCACCACACAGACGCCGUCGGGCGAAGAAUCCAAAUCUCAAGCUUGGCUUGUGGAAAUUAGCCAUAAGAGCAUGGCCAAUUACUAUGACAUUGACGACAUACUUAUAGAGGAAGAGUUUGUCCCGGUAUUAUUUCAUAAACCAGCAAAUGGAGUGACUAUUGAUCCAAGUGCUGAGACAAACUGUGUUGAACAAGGUGCCAAAGUGGAAUUGCCCUUCUGGCUUGCCCAUGAGUUGCAUUUGAGACAAGCUGUAUCCGUAACCCUGCCUGCCUGUUUCGAUCAAAAGACGAGGCUGGAAAUACAAGCUGAUGCAGCAUGUGUCGACCUUAGAUCACGAUGUCCAUACUUCUACGAAUUCGGGUGCAAGUUACAGCCAUUGGUUACAGAUAGAACGCUAGGAAUUUUGCUAUCGACUGCGUUUAAGCUGAGAUACAAGGAGAGGCUCACAAAAGUAUACACUGCAGCUCAUAUAACAGCUUCCAAGUUCUUGCCACUCUUAACAAAAGAAGAAACAAACUUGUACGAAGCAGCUCACUUGUCUAUGACAGCCUUCAAGAAAUGGAGAACAGGAGGUCCUCGUUUCCAAAGAGCUUCAAUACUUGGAAGAAAACGCAAGGAAUCUUAUUAAAUUGAGGUCCCUAAACUUUUAUCUGCUUCCUCAUCUUUAUUCUCUUUGAUGAUUCGAUCUGUUUGUGCGUCGCCAUUGUCGUGAUGUUUAAAAUCAUUUCAUCAUUAUCAUUAUUACCAUACAAUAGUGUGAUUGUAUGAUAUAGGUGAUGUGACAUCAUAAAUUAGGUUCUCUUUUGCUUAUUGCGGUUGAGAACAAAUACAUUUUGGUAAGAUAUAUUAAUGAAAUUGCGAUAUGUAUCGAAA